AGCAUGUGGCUCCUGGCGUUGUGUCUGGUGGGGCUGGCUGGGGCUCAACGGGGAGGAGGGGGUCCCGGCGGCGGCGGCGGCGGUGCCCCGGGCGGCCCGGGCCUGGGCCUCGGCAGCCUCGGGGAAGAGCGCUUCCCGGUGGUGAACACCGCCUACGGGCGAGUGCGCGGCGUGCGGCGCGAGCUCAACAACGAGAUCCUGGGCCCCGUCGUGCAGUUCUUGGGCGUGCCCUACGCCACGCCGCCCCUGGGCGCCCGUCGCUUCCAGCCGCCGGAGGCCCCCGCCUCGUGGCCCGGCGUGCGCAACGCCACCGCGCUGCCGCCCGCCUGCCCGCAGAACCUGCACGGGGCCCUGCCGGCCAUCAUGCUGCCCGUGUGGUUCACCGACAACUUGGAGGCAGCCGCCACCUACGUGCAGAACCAGAGCGAGGACUGCCUGUACCUCAACCUCUACGUGCCCACCGAGGACGGUCCGCUCACAAAAAAACGUGACGAGGCGACGCUCAAUCCGCCAGACACAGAUAUUCGGGACUCCGGGAAGAAACCCGUCAUGCUGUUUCUACAUGGCGGCUCCUACAUGGAGGGCACCGGGAACAUGUUCAACGGCUCAGUCCUGGCUGCCUAUGGCAACGUCAUCGUAGCCACGCUCAACUACCGUCUUGGGGUACUCGGUUUUCUCAGCACUGGUGACCAGGCUGCAAAAGGCAACUACGGGCUCCUGGACCAGAUCCAGGCCCUGCGAUGGCUCAGUGAAAACAUCGCCCACUUUGGAGGCGAUCCUGAGCGCAUCACCAUCUUUGGGUCUGGGGCAGGGGCCUCCUGUGUCAACCUGCUGAUUCUCUCCCACCAUUCAGAAGGGCUGUUCCAGAAGGCCAUUGCUCAAAGUGGCACCGCCAUUUCCAGCUGGUCUGUCAACUACCAGCCGCUCAAGUACACGCGACUGCUGGCAGCCAAGGUGGGCUGCGACCGGGAGGACACUGCUGAGGCCGUGGAGUGUCUGCGCCGGAAGCCUUCCAGAGAGCUGGUGGACCAGGAUGUGCAGCCCGCCCGCUACCAUAUCGCCUUUGGGCCUGUGGUGGACGGCGACGUGGUCCCUGACGAUCCUGAGAUCCUCAUGCAGCAGGGGGAGUUCCUGAACUACGACAUGCUCAUCGGCGUCAACCAGGGGGAGGGCCUCAAGUUCGUGGAGGACUCUGCCGAGAGCGAGGACGGCGUGUCCGCCAGCGCCUUCGAUUUCACUGUCUCCAACUUCGUCGACAACCUGUAUGGCUACCCCGAGGGCAAGGACGUGCUGCGGGAGACCAUCAAGUUCAUGUACACCGACUGGGCGGACCGGGACAAUGGCGAGAUGCGGCGCAAGACUCUGCUGGCCCUCUUCACUGACCACCAGUGGGUAGCGCCGGCUGUGGCCACUGCCAAGCUGCACGCCGACUACCAGUCCCCUGUCUACUUUUAUACCUUCUAUCACCACUGCCAGGCUGAGGGCCGGCCAGAGUGGGCAGAUGCAGCCCAUGGGGACGAGCUUCCCUAUGUCUUUGGUGUGCCCAUGGUGGGCGCCACUGACCUCUUCCCCUGCAACUUCUCCAAGAAUGACGUCAUGCUCAGCGCAGUAGUCAUGACCUACUGGACCAACUUCGCCAAGACUGGUGACCCCAACCAGCCUGUGCCACAGGACACCAAGUUCAUCCACACCAAGCCCAACCGCUUCGAAGAGGUGGUGUGGAGCAAGUUCAGCAGCAAGGAGAAGCAGUACCUGCACAUCGGCCUGAAGCCGCGCGUGCGCGACAACUACCGGGCCAACAAGGUGGCCUUCUGGCUGGAGCUCGUGCCCCACCUGCACAACCUGCACACGGAGCUCUUCACCACCACCACGCGCCUGCCUCCCUAUGCCACCCACCAGUCCGUUCACCCGCCGAGUCACGGCUCCCCUGGCACACGCCGCCCACCUCUGCAGACCCCCCUGCCAUCUGACUCUGACCUGGAGCUGGGUCCCAGGGCCUAUGACCGCUUCCCCGGGGACUCGCGGGACUACUCCACGGAGCUCAGCGUCACGGUGGCCGUGGGAGCCUCCCUCCUCUUCCUCAACAUCCUCGCCUUCGCCGCCCUCUACUACAAGCGGGACCGGAGGCAGGAACUGCGGUGCCGGAGGCUCAGCCCGCCCGGAGGCUCGGGCUCAGGUGUGCCUGGUGGAGGACCCCUGCUCCCCACUGCUGGCCGAGAGCUGCCCCCGGAGGAGGAGCUGGUGUCUCUGCAGCUGAAGCGGGGCGGUGGCGUGGGGGCGGACCCUGCUGAGGCCCUGCGCCCCGCCUGCCCACCCGACUACACCCUGGCCCUGCGCCGGGCACCGGACGAUGUGCCUCUCUUGGCCCCUGGGGCCCUGACCCUGCUGCCUAGUGGCCUAGGACCCCCACCACCCCCACCGCCUCCGUCUCUUCAUCCUUUCGGGCCCUUCCCGCCGCCUCCCCCCACCGCUGCCAGCCACAACAACACGCUACCCCAUCCCCACUCCACCACUCGGGUAUAGGGGGCAGCUUGGGGAGCCUGCCUCCCCAGCCCUCCCCAGCCCAGGCCUCUCUGAAGGCAGGGAGGAGGACUUGGCACCAGGCUUGUCUACUGUGGAGUUGUCACAGGUCAUCGAGCAGCAUUAAGGCGGACAUGGGAUUCCUCACUGGGAUGCAAGCUUCUCCCAUGCGGAGAGGCCCGUCCUCUUCUCUGGACCUGGGACUUUGAACACCUGGGGGGAGGUUUAUGCCCUCCAUUGGGACACCAGUGUACGGUGUGUGGAGAUGUGGAAGUCUUUUCCCAUGUGGAGGUGUGCUUUACGCAUCAGGGGGUGUUUUCCCAUGUGCAGGGUGAGGUUUUUUUUUGCCGCACUGGACACAUGUUGACCCCCUCAAAGAAUUCCUGUGGGGAUUUGUACCCCA